CAUUAUUUUAGUAAUUUGUAAUCGAAAUUAUUUGGUGUCUAUCGAGCGAACAGGUAUAUAAUGUAUAAAUCAUUUAUUAAUUACUGAAGACACUUAAAAUAAUAAAACAUGCCUGAGGGAUUUAUACACUCGGUAAAAGUUCCGCGAAUUUAUAAAACCGCUGCUAAUACUAUAAAAAAAGUCGAUGAACGUAAAGCUAGUCUGAAAGAAUUGGUUUAUGAACGAAAACACCCGAACAUAAAAGCAAUUUAUGCUCUUGCUGCAACGGCAUUGCAAAAUUCGUCUCAAUUAACAGAAUUACUUGAGAAAACAGAAAUAUUGAAAAAACAGCCCCGAUUGGACCAAUGGCUAGCACGAAUUCUUAUAACCGAAUUGAUAUGGGGGAAAAAAUCGUUACAAUCCGAAGCAAAGCCAGUUUUAACGAUAAGAAAUUACGAAAAUCAAUUGCGAGAUGCAUUAAAAAACACAAGCAAUGAUAAAAUAGAAAAAACAAUUAAAAAAGUUGAAAAGCCUCGUUAUGUACGUGUUAAUACCCUGAUAAUGUCCGUCGAAGAUGCAAUUCAAGAAUUUAAAAACGAUGGGUAUAUUUUAUUACCAAAAAGUCCAAAUUAUAAGUCAUAUCUUAAAUCGUUGGAGAGCUUAGACACUUUUUCAUUCAUUCAAGACUAUCAUGUUCGUGAGUUGUUUGCUUUUAAGGCUGGUACAGCUUUUUAUGAUCAUGAUGGAUAUCAUUCCGGCGCUCUAGUUCUUCAAGAUAAGGCGAGUUGUUUGCCAGCUCAUUUAUUGAACCCACCUUCUGGAUCUGUAGUUCUAGAUAUGUGUGCUGCACCUGGUAUGAAAACGACACAUCUAGCUGCUAUUUUAAAUAACAAAGGGAAAAUUUAUUCAAUAGAAAGAAAUGAACGUCGAUACCAAUUACUUUGUAAUUUAAUCGAAUCAUCUGGUGCCAAUAUUGUAGAGACAAUUAAUGAUGAUGCAUUAAAAAUUGAUUCAAAUAAAUAUCCUGAUAUUGAGUACAUACUAGUAGAUCCAUCUUGUUCUGGUUCGGGUAUGGAUCGUUUAGAAGUUAAUGAGUCUACCAACAAAAAUGAUCCGUCACGACUAAAAAGUUUACAAUCAUUCCAAGUAUUUUUAUUGCGACAUGCGUUAUUUGAUUUUCCGACGGCAAAACGCGUCGUUUACAGUACCUGUUCAAUUUAUGCUGAAGAAAAUGAAAUGGUUAUUGAUGAAAUUCUUAGUAAUGUUGGUGAUGCUUAUGAAUUAGUCCCAAUUAAAGAAACGCUUAAAAAUGAAUGGAUAAAUUAUAGUUCUGAGAAAUUCAACUGCAAAGAUAAUUGUUUGUAUGCAAAGCCAAGUGUUGAUUAUUCAAAUGGAUUUUUCGUAGCUGUUUUUGAGCGAAAUUUCGACGUGCCUUUACCUGAGAUUAGAAAAGUUAAAGAAGAAUUGAAAGAUGAACAGGUGAAGGGGAGUAAUAAUGAUAAGUUUAAUAAUCAGAGGAAGAACCGCAAACAAGAAACGGGGAAAAAUCAAUUAAUUGUUAACGGAAAUAAUAAGGGUGAAGGAAAGAGAAAAAAGAUAAAGAAGAAAAAAGGAUUAUCGAAGGACGAUAAAUUAACGAUUAGUAAUGCUGAUGAUAAUAAAGUUAGUUGUGAGAAAGAAAAAUCUUUGAUUGAAAGAGCAGAAAAUUUUGGAAAAAAAGAAUUUAAUGAUGAAAAAAAUGAAAAUUGUAAUAAAGCUGAUAAAAAUAAAAGAAAGAAGAAAAAAAUUUCUACUGAAAAAGGUGAGAAUUUAGAAAAAACUGAACUAAAUGAAGAAGAAAACUCUAAAGAAACUGAUAUGGAAAAGAAAAAGAAGAAAUUGUUGGCCGAUGAAGGUAAGGAUGCAGAAAAAAAUGAAGUGGAUGGUGAAGAAAUCUCCGAAAAAACUAACACAAAAAAGAAAAGAAAGAAGAAAGAAUUGUUAAUCAAAGAAGUUGAUGAUGUAGAAAAAAAUGAUUUUAAUGGUGAAGAAAAUUUGGAGGAAACAAGUAUAAAAAAUAAAAAAAAGAAGAAAAAAUUAUUGACUAAAAAUGAGGUACAGGUUGAAGAAAACAACGAAGGCAAUAUUGAAAAAGUUGGAAAAAAUAAGAAAAAAUUGAAAGAUGAAACAAAUGGCGAAUUAAAAAGUGAUGUAAAUAAUGAAAAGAAUACUGAGGAAGAUGAGGAAACAAAGAAAAAAAAGAAAAAAAAGAAGAGGAAGUAUGACUCAGUUGAAGAUAAUAAUAGUACGGUGAAUAAUAAUAGUAAUGAAAAUAUUACUAAAAAGAGAAAAAAAAAUUAAAUGUAUAGCUUAAAAAAAAAAAUUUGUACGACA